UAACAUUUGUAUCAAUACAACAUGUUUUACGACUAUUUCCAAUUUGAUAAAACAUUAUGAAGAAGUCCAUAAUACAAAAGGCUAUGUUCUUUGUUGCGGUCAAAAAAUUACAAGGCAGAAGGCAAUGGCAAUGCACAUGGCAAGUCAUAUUCAACCAGAGGCUUUUACUUGUACCAUUUGCAAUAAGAUAUUAACCUGCCCUAAAAUAUUGCAAAAUCAUAUACAGAAUCAUUUACCAGAAUCACAGCGUCCUUUAUGUUGUCCAGAACCAACAUGUUCAAGACGUUUCAGUUAUUACAGUGCAUUAACAGCUCAUCAGGCAUCACAUUUAAAUGAGGAGGAAAAGAUAACGCAUAUUGUUCCUUCGCCCGUUGCCCUGCGAUACAUGGAGUUCCAGUUGGACAGCGCGGAAUACUGCCAAGCCCAGCACAAAUAG